AACCGUUUCGGGUUGCUGGUGGGAGAAGGUGGAGCCAAGGAGGAGCUUUCUGUCACCCUGUCACUAUAUUAAACGCUCCCGGAGACUCACUCCCUCUUGCCGCUGUCACAACCGUCAGGACACAAAAAUGACGACUUACACAGACAAGGGAGAGAAGCCCCCGCGGGGACGCUUCAUCCACUUCCACUCCAUCACCUUCUGGGUCGGGAACGCCAAGCAGGCCGCCUCGUACUACUGCAGCAAGCUGGGCUUUGAGGAGCUGGCCUACCGGGGCCUGGAGACCGGCAGCCGGGAGGUGGUGUCGCACGUGGUCCGGCAGGACAAGAUCGUGUUUGUCCUCUCCUCCGCGCUCAACCCCGGGAACGAAGAGAUGGGGGAGCACCUGGUGAAGCACGGCGACGGCGUGAAGGACGUCGCCUUCGAGGUCGAGGACUGCGACUUCAUCGUGCAGAAAGCCAGGGAGCGCGGAGCAGUGGUCGUGAAGGAGCCCUGGGUAGAGGAGGACAAACACGGGAAGGUGAAGUUCGCCAUGAUCCAGACGUACGGCGACACGACUCACACCUUGAUAGAAAAGCUCAACUACAAGGGGCUCUUCCUCCCCGGCUAUCACGCGCCCCUCUUCAAGGAUCCCCUGCUGCCGAAGCUACCGAGCGCCAAGCUGAACUUCAUUGACCAUGUCGUGGGCAACCAGCCAGAUCUCCAGAUGGUCCCGGUGGCAGACUGGUACCAGAAGAACCUGCUGUUCCAUCGGUUCUGGUCCGUGGAUGACAAGCAGUUGCACACCGAAUUCAGUGCCCUGCGCUCCAUCGUGGUCACCAACUAUGAAGAGACCAUAAAGAUGCCCAUAAACGAGCCAGCUCUUGGCAAGAAGAAAUCCCAGAUUCAGGAAUACAUCGACUACUACGGCGGGGCGGGAGUGCAGCACAUUGCUCUGAACACCUCCGACAUCAUCACGGCGAUCACCAACCUGAAGCAGCGGGGCAUGCAGUUCAUGGACGUGCCAUCCAGCUACUACCAGCUGCUGCGGGAGAGGCUGAAAACUGCCAAAAUCCAAGUGAAGGAGAACAUCGAUAAGCUAGCGGAACUGAAAAUCCUGGUGGAUUUUGACGAGAAAGGAUACUUGCUCCAAAUCUUCACUAAACCAGUUCAAGACAGACCCACGCUCUUCCUGGAGGUCAUCCAGCGUCAUAACCACCAGGGGUUCGGCGCUGGGAACUUCAAGUCUCUGUUUGAAGCUAUCGAGUUUGACCAAGAUGCCAGAGGAAACCUGACUGUCCUGGAUCCCAACGGGGAGAUCAACCUCCUCUAGAGCACACGGCUGGCCUUCCUUUCAAUGUAACGUAGCCUUGCUCUGAUACCUUUGAAUUCCGGAACUGAUGAACAGUUGGGGUUUCUCCAAUAUUUAAUUCAGACUUGGAGAAGUAAUUGCUGGAAUUUGCGGUGAUGGUCUGGCUCACAUCCCGGCUGCGCAGGAACGCUUCCCUCGGGACAUCGCUCUGGGCACUGUCCCAGGCCUUCCCGAGGGGACUUUCUCCUCCGACACAAUAAAACCGUUUCUGUCGCA